AUGAAGGUUGCGGUGCUUCUGUUUAUGUUGGUGGUCGCUGCUGCGGCUAUUGAGAAGAAGAAGAGCAUCACGAUCCCUUUCCCUUUCCAUGCCAACAGAGCCAAGCUGAUCAACAAGUUGAAGCUGAUCGUUGACGACGCGGGAGUUCAUGUCAGUCAUCGAAAUGUCGCCAAAAUCACUGACAAGAUCAGAAAUGGGGUAAGUUUACAUGCCGGUAAUCUCUGUUUAUAGUCGCAUAAUUAUUUUAUGCCUAUAUUAUCAUAUUUUUAAAUUUCUAGCUAGCAAAUAUCAAAGCAAUCCACAAGUUGCCCAGUCUUGUCGGGCUCGUCAACGAUUUGGAGAGCAGCAUCCUCGCUCUCCCUGACACCAACCCAAGAGGUCCCGCCUUCCAAGCGGUCGUCAAGAAAGCCGAUGAACUCCACGCCGUCUUGUUCACCGUCCUCAAUGACGUCAAGAGAAUCCCAUACGACCUCGAAAAGCUCAACUUGCACUUGUUGGAGAAGGUAGGUAGCUGAGGUCAACUUGCAACCCUGACUCGUUUAUCCGCCGGCUUAUAAUCAACCUUUCAGAGCGAAGAAAACGAUCAAAUCCGCAAGAACCUCAAAAGUCUUAAGCUAAACUUUGGCCUAACGUUCUUGCAGCUGAACCACUUUUACAGGCGUGGAGCACUCAAGCGUAUUAAUAUUCACCUUGAAGUCCAAGAACUCGUGGACCUGCUCAGCCGGCCUUCCGUCUCGAAACAACAAUAUUCUGCGGCUAUUAAAAAGAUUUUAAAAAAGCUGGGUAGGAUUGAGCCACUCCCCACAAAGGAACCAGUCAAAAAAAACACAGACGUACCAUUUAUCACAUUCGAUCCAGUCCACAUUUUCACAAAGGGACCAAUCCACAUUCGCACGAAGAACCCACACCAGAAGAUCACAAAGAAACCAAGAGAGGAUUAG